GGCCAGUCAUUCGGUGAUUCUCACAGUGUUGGUGGUCUAUUGAAAUUUACUCAGCCAAAGAUUUUAAGAUGUUCACUCGGAUGUUGGCGUUAUUCUCCAUCUCCCUCAUCUUUACCAAAAUUACCGAGAGUAAACCAACAAUCGUCCAGACAUCCAAACAGUUAAUUUUAGAGAAUCCUGGUCGAAUUCCGGUUUAUAUAAGACCAGGUGACACACCUCUCGACGAAAUUAGUCACGAUCUUGCGGAAGCAUUCAAUUUCUACGCGCAAAAAAAUAAUAAAAUAACUUUUGGGAGGUCCUUAGACGGAAAGCCGAAUGGUGCCAGAGUAUCAAUCAAAGACAAACUUCCAGAAAAUAUAAAGUUUUCCGAGAUUGACAAAUUCUCAUUGGAGUCAGAUUUUGAUUCAAUCGCUGAUGAUCAAGAUGCAGAUAAUCAGAUUAACAUUUUGCAGAAAGAAUUAAACAAAAACGACAAACUUCAGAGUAAUAUCCAGAGAAUUCAUAGAUUAUAGAUAUUGUGAAAAAAUAAUCAGUUUAUAUUUAUUAAUCAUUAUAUGUACAUAUAUGAAAUAUUUGUAAAGACUUUAAAUUGAAAUAUACAAUAUACAUUAA